CGUCUCGCGUGUGGGCGGGCGCGGAAGCCUCGUCCCUCUGGGUUUGCAGCGGGGGAGAAGUGAGCGUGGGUGUUCGUGGCGGAGCGAGUCCCGCCGCAGCGUCGCCGCCGGCGCGUGUGGGAGCCCGUCCGAUGGUCCCUCCGCGGGCGAGUGGGACGGUCGGACGCCGGCAGCAUGAACCUCCUGCCCAAAAGCGCCAAGGACUUCGGCUCCGUUGACUACUGGGAGAAGUUCUUCCAGCAGCGAGGGAAGAAGGCUUUCGAGUGGUAUGGAAGCUACCUGGAGCUGUGCGGGGUGCUGCACAAGUACAUCAAGCCCCGGGAGAAGGUACUGGUGAUUGGGUGCGGUAACUCAGAGCUCAGUGAGCAGCUGUAUGAUGUGGGCUAUCAGGAUAUAGUGAACAUCGACAUCAGUGAGGUGGUCAUCAAGCAAAUGAAGGAGCGGAAUGCCAGCCGACGGCCCCAGAUGAGCUUCUUGAAGAUGGACAUGACACAGAUGGAGUUUCCUGAUGCUUCCUUCCAGGUGGUGUUGGAUAAGGGCACCCUGGACGCUGUCCUGACGGACGAGGAGGAGAAGACCCUGCAGCAAGUGGACAGGAUGCUGGCUGAGGUUGGCCGUGUCCUGCAGGUGGGCGGUCGCUACCUCUGCAUCUCCCUGGCUCAGGCUCACAUCCUGAAGAAAGCAGUGGGUCACUUCUCUCGGGAGGGGUGGAUGGUGAGGGUACACCAGGUGGCCAACAGCCAGGACCAGGUGCUGGAAGCAGAGCCUCGGUUCUCCCUACCUGUUUUUGCCUUCAUCAUGACCAAGUUCAGGCCAGUCCCUGGCUCUGCCCUUCAAAUCUUUGAGCUCUGUGCUCAGGAGCAGGGCAAGCCUGUGCGGCUGGAGAGUGCCGAGCAGCUGGCUGAGGCGGUGCGGGAGCGGCAGCAGUAUGCCUGGCUGUGCAGCCAGCUGUACCGCAAGGCCGGGCUGGGGAGUGUAUCUCUGGACUUGUGCGAUGGGGACACGGGGGAGCCACGCUACACCCUCCACGUGGUGGACAGCCCCACUGUGAAACCAUCGCGGGACAAUCAUUUUGCCAUUUUCAUCAUCCCCCAGGGUCGGGAGACCGAGUGGCUCUUUGGCAUGGAGGAGGGUCGGAAGCAGCUGGCGGCCACUGCAGGCUUCAGGAGGCUGAUCACAGUGGCCCUCCACCGAGGUCAGCAGUAUGAAGGCAUGGACAGCAUCCAGGCCGAGCUGUCAGCCAGAGUCAUGGAGUUGGCUCCUGCUGGGAUGCCCAGCCAGCAGCAGGUGCCCUUUCUGUCUGUGGGUGGGGACAUUGGGGUCCGGACCGUUCAGCACCAAAACUGCAGUCCCUUGAGUGGCAGCUACGUGGUCGAGGAUGUACAGGGGGAUGACAAGCACUAUUUCCGGCGGCUGAUCUUCCUUAGCAACAGGAAUGUGGUGCAGUCAGAAGCAAGGUUGCUGAAGGAUGCGUCUCACAGAGCCCAGAAGAAACGGAAAAAGGACAGGAAAAAGCAACGGCCUGCUAACACUCCCGAGGACCUCUCAGCUGCCCCAGGGCAGUCCAUUGACAAGAGUUACCUGUGCUGUGAACACCACAAAGCAAUGAUUGCCGGCCUUGCCCUGCUGAGAAACCCGGAGCUGCUCUUAGAGACCCCCCUGGCAAUGUUGGUGGUAGGCCUGGGUGGGGGCAGCCUCCCCCUGUUUGUCCACGAUCAUUUCCCGAAGUCCUGCAUUGAUGCUGUGGAGAUCGACCCCUCCAUGUUGGACGUGGCCAAGUGGUUUGGCUUCUCCCAGAGCGAGCGGAUGAAGGUCCAUAUUGCAGGUGGCCUGGACUAUAUUACCAGCCUGGCGGGACGAGAAGCACAGUCCUGCUACAGUGUCAUCAUGUUUGAUGUAGACAGUAAGGACCUAACACUGGGCGUGAGUUGUCCACCACCAGCUUUUGUGGACCAGCCUUUCCUGCAGAAGGUCAAAAGCAUCUUGACUCCAGAAGGUGGCGAAUACUUACUCUGCUGGGAAACAGAAGAGUACUUCUUGAGUAAAAAGUAUGCCUCCCAAGUUCAAGCGCCACCUAAAUGAUGAUGAUGUCACUGGUUCUGUGAAAAGUGAAAGGAGAAAUCUUCUGGAAGAUGAUUCAGAUGAAGAAGAAGACUUUUUUCUAAGGGGACCAUCUGGACCAAGAUUUGGACCUAGAAGUGAUAAAAUUAAGCAUGUUCAGAAUCAGGUGGAUGAAGUUAUUGAUGUCAUGCAAGAAAAUAUUACAAAGGUAAUUGAAAGAGGGGAGAGACUAGAUGAACUACAGGACAAAUCAGAAAGCUUAUCGGAUAAUGCAACUGCUUUUAGCAACAGAUCCAAACAACUUCGAAGGCAAAUGUGGUGGCGUGGAUGCAAAAUAAAAGCCAUCAUGGCUUUGGUUGCUGUUAUCCUUUUGCUAGUGAUUAUCAUUCUUACAGUCUUGAAAUACCGCGCUUGAUUUGGUGACAGAGAUCUUCAUUACACAGAAUCUGGGACAACAAUAAUAAAAGAUUGCUGCAUAAUUUAAAUGAAACCUAUGUAUAUAACUUUCAAAACUUCUUUUUCAAGAAACGAAGAGGCAAGUAUCACUUCAAAUUGGAGCAUUGUGAAUGUCUAGUUAUCUUCUUCCUUUCUCACAAAGUGUGUUUUUAAAAAUUAUGUUUAAGGCAGAUAACCAGCCUCUGUUUUGCCAUAUUCCAAGGAUCUAAUUUGAAACUAGAUACUUGCCAGUUCAUUAUUUGUAUAUGUAGUUAAACAGUGACCACAAUAUUUCAUACUAUUAUUAUAAGGACUUACAUUAUUGCAUCAACAUGGGGAUCAGACUGGGAGUCCAGAAGCCUGUGUAGAGUACCAAAACAUGCUAAAAACCAUGCAUAGCCAUUCCAUUAAUAUUUGCAAGAUUCUUCUCACAUUACAGCUACUUUGCAAGCAAUUUCCACAUGUUUAUGGGUGUAACAAAAGCUAAAUGUUGUAAAUGUUCCUGCCUUCAGCUAUAACUAAAACAUUCCAGUAAACCUAUUUUUGACUGUAUAAGGGAAUGUGUAGUAAUUUUUUGGCAUAUGGAUUAUGGAAAUGGAAAAAUCUAAACAAUAUGAAAAGCAUAGUGUGGUACCAUAAAACUGGAGAUAAUAAAAUUAUUGGAGAACAUUA